UCAUACAAUUAUUACUAAUGAAAAACAACCCACUGCAAAACCUCAAUGAAACUAAGCUGAAGAUUAAAGCAGGGAAGUUUCAGGAAAGAAUCUUGACUGAACUCAAAAUAUCAGCAAAUAUUCUUCAGUAUUAUGGGUACGCAUGUCAGUGUAAAGAACUAAUGACUCAUCUAAGAAAAGCGUCGAGGCAACUGUGGAUAUCUAAUGAAGACAAGUUACUUAUAUCUUACCCUGAUGAGGAAAAUAAGUGGAGCUUCAUUCUUCCUAAGAGAACUCUUCCAAUUUCGGGUUUAAAAGGGGUCUCCAGCACAAAAGGUCCAGACUCUGAACUGAUGAAGCUCAAAGAGACCAAUGGAUACAAGCUCUAUGAACUAGUUUUUUACACACUCUUGAUAAAUAAGGAAGGCAUCCAUACAAUUCUGAGGUUUCUAGAAGGAAUCGAUUUGAAAUGAUAAUUAUCUAUAAAAAUAUAGACUUUCCUUCUAAAGUGGAGUAUCCUCACAACUUAGUGUUCUUCCAAAAUGUAUGUAAGCUGCUUGAGAAGGAAUAUGAGGAAGUGAAAAUUGAUGAAACCACUUAUUUCAUUUUUCCAACGCUAUUUGAUAUCAAACCGCCUCCAAAACUUCUUAGUGAUUCAGACAGUAUUUACGCUUGUAAUUCCCGGAAAUACAUUGAUUUUACGAAAGAAAUGGAGACCAAUUUUGUUGUGUUAAAAUCUAAUGCGUUUAAAACUUGCAAAUUCAUGGAACUUUUUGACCAAGUGGUUGAAAAAGGAAAACUGACCGAAUUUUUGACAAAUCUUGCAGAGUCUCACUUAAAAUUUAGCCUAGCCUCAGAUGACUUUGAUAGAGACAAGCAUAUCAUUAUUAGAUUAGCAGGAGUACUUGAAAGUCAUAUGAAAAACUCAGAUGACAUAAAUCUGAAGCUUCCGAAAGUUCUUCUUCGUUGAGAAAUUCUUUGAGACGACCAUGAUCCUCUUGAGAGCUCUAAAAUCAUGCAAUCGAUGAUUGAUUAUUAUGAAAUUUUGAGUGAGAAAGGACUAGAAGUGAAAAUUAAUUUAAGAAUGCCUGAAAAUACUAAUCUUUCAGCAUUAGAUACAUUCAAUCAUUCUAAUAUCAGCUUGUCUGACAACAUCCAACAUGGAGAAUCCAAGUUAAAGGGAGACUAUUGAUUCAUUGGCACUCAAGUAAAACUCAUGAAGCUCACUAGCUUCUCUCUAGUAUAUUUUGACGAAUUUCAGUUCAACAAAAGCUAUCUAAUCUUUCUUCUCGAAAAGUCUCAAUGAGAAGGAGGUGCAGUCGAAGAGACGAAAAUAAGUGAUACCGAAUCGACAGAGCUACUGGAUAAUUACAUGAAAAUUCUUGUACCUUUCGGAGCAAUGAAAUUUUUAAGAUGUAAAUUUUCACUGAUUGAAAAUUCAGAUUUUGUCUCUCUCAUUCAGGGACUCCCAGAAUUAGGAAUAGAGAUUACUGCUAAUGACCUCGAGAAGCAAAGCACUUAUGAGAAGCUUGAAAGCAUAAAUAAGUCCACCAGAGUGAGGAUUACGAUAGUUAGAGAUCCACCCUCAGAAGAAAAGCAAGAAGGUGAACAGGAAGAUGAGACGGAAGCUGAACAAAUAGAUGAACUCCAAGGUAUACCACAAAAUGAGGAAAGAAAAGAGCAAUGUUUAUCAUUGAAUGCUUUGGAAGUGCUUAAUCUGAAAAGACUUGUAUUUGAUUAUACUAUUAACCAAGAAAGAUCAAUUUCGUCCCUAAUUUCGCUACUUGAAAAUCAGACUAGAAUCGAUUAUGUCGAGCUCUACAUAGAGAUGCCGAGAGUUGAAAACUCAGAGUCUAUGUUUGAAGCAUUGCUCAAAGCUUUAUCACACUCCUGAUAUAGCAAAAUCGAUAUUACUGUAGGGGAAACAACAGACAAAAUGACAGAGAUGGCAAAAGAAUUUGUUAAAAGAAACAUCACUGCAGAUAUUACCAUAAGGUUUGUGGAAUGCGAGAGUAAUAGUUACACUAUACAACCUCCAGAGUCUUCUUCUAGCAGUAGCAGUUCUUCUAUUGAUUUAGUGUUUCGUGGAAUCUAUAUUGUAGAUUGGUUCCAAGAACAACAGAAACGUUUAAGAUAAAUUUCAGUAUGAAGUUUUUUA